GUUUUGAGAGACCUGAUCAGGUGUAAACGGAAGUUUAUUCCAGCGAGACGCUCGGGUCUUCAAGGCCUUUUCUGUCAAUACGCACUAUUUCCAGGGAGAAACCAGUAAUUCUACCAGAUAACACCCAUCCUUCUUUCUCUAUCGCCCGAAGCUGAAAUUUCCCAAUCCUUUCUGCGAACCAUCGGAGAACAACCAAGUGCCUCCACCCUUCCUCAAAACCCUAGAUUACAGAUCGAACCUCGAUCAAGUUACCAAUCCUUACCGAUCUCGAAACCCUGCAAGUGAUCGAUCGCAAUUUCGCGAUGGGCAACACAGAGAAGCUGAUGAACCAGAUCAUGGAGCUCAAGUUCACCUCCAAAUCCCUCCAGCGCCAGGCCCGGAAGUGCGAGAAGGAAGAGAAGGCCGAGAAGCUCAAGGUCAAGAAAGCCAUCGAGAAGGGAAACAUGGACGGCGCUCGCAUCUACGCCGAGAAUUCAAUUCGCAAGCGCACCGAGCAGAUGAACUACCUACGCCUUUCCUCCCGCCUCGACGCUGUUGUCUCACGCCUCGACACGCAGGCCAAGAUGACCACCAUCAGCAAGUCCAUGUCCUCGAUCGUGAAGUCUCUGGACUCCUCGCUCGCCACCGGGAAUCUGCAGAAGAUGUCGGAGACUAUGGACCAGUUUGAGAAGCAGUUUGUGAACAUGGAGGUGCAGGCGGAGUUCAUGGAGAGCUCGAUGGCCGGAUCGACCUCGCUAUCGACGCCAGAGGGCGAAGUCAACAGUUUGAUGCAGCAGGUCGCCGACGACUACGGGCUUGAGGUCUCCGUUGGUCUGCCGCAGCCGGCAGCACAUGCCGUUGCGACUAAGACAGCUGAUAAGGUGGAUGAGGACGAUCUCUCUCGGCGCCUUGCGGAGCUUAAGGCCAGAGGCUGAGGGAAUUGCGCUGCGUGAGAGAGUACUGGUAAAUGAUAUGAUACAUACUAGUAUUUGGAUUCGAUCUUAUAAUGACGAUGAGACACCUGUAUUUUGUAAAUUUUAAUUGAAUUGGGACAUGGAAUUGUGUACAAGUUCUGGUUUAUCAUAUCUAUCUAUUAAUGCUUUGACCGCUUUGUGUGGAUCAUACCUUAUCAAA